UCUUGCACUAUAUAUAUGGGUCGUGUUGAACCUUUGCAUUCAUCCUUCUCAAUUGUUGUUAUGUUCACUAACAAAAUGAAUCUGAUCAAGCCCUUUAUUUUGCUUUGUUUUCUGUAUGGGGUGAUCCUCAUCGCUGCGGUGGUGGCUGGUGAGCCAUCGAAGGAUGAGGAAAAAGGAACAAAUGGAAUUCACGAAGAGUUUAGUGGAUGCGAUGACGUGCAGGGAAGCCUUUUGAGCGGAAGGAAAUUCCAACUAAAUCAUGAUACCGAUCACUGUGGAAAAGGAAAAGGAAAGGGAAAGGGAGGCGGUGACAAAGGGGGAGGAGGCGAUGAAGGUGGACCAGGAGGUGGAGGUUAUGGUGGUGGUGGAAGUGGAGGAGGUGGAGGAGGUGGUGGUGGAAGCGGUGGAGGUGGCGGUGGAGGAGGUGGUGGAAGCCAUGGAGGCGGCGGUGGAGGAGGUGGUGGUAGUGCUGGAGGAGGUGGUGGUAGCAAAGGAGGAGGAGGUAGUGAAGGAGGUGGUGGAGGUUAUGGUGGUGGUGGAAGCGAAGGAGGAGGGGGCAGCGCCGGAGGUGGUGGUAGCGAAGGAGGAGGAGGUAGUGCUGGAGGUGGUGGUGGAAGCCAAGGAGGAGGGGGCAGUGCGGGAGGUGGUGGAGGUUAUGGCGGUGGUGGAAGCCAAGGAGGAGGGGGCAGCGCCGGAGGUGGUGGUAGCGAAGGAGGAGGAGGUAGUGCUGGAGGUGGUGGUGGAAGCCAGGGAGGAGGGGGCAGUGCGGGAGGUGGUGGAGGUUAUGGCGGUGGUGGAAGCCAAGGAGGAGGGGGCAGCGCCGGAGGUGGUGGUAGUGAAGGAGGAGGAGGUAGUGGUGGAAGCCAGGGAGGAGGGGGCAGUGCGGGAGGAGGUGGAGGUUAUGGCGGUGGUGGAAGCCAAGGAGGAGGGGGCAGCGCCGGAGGUGGUGGUAGCGAAGGAGGAGGGGGUAGUGCUGGAGGUGGUGGAAGCAAAGGAGGUGGCGAAGCUGGAGGAAGUGGUGGAAGCCAAGGAGGAGGCAGUGGAGGUUACGGUGGUGGUGGAAGCGGAGGAGGAGGGGGUAGUGCUGGAGGUGGUGGUAGCGAAGGAGGAGGAGGUAGUGCUGGAGGUAGUGGUGGUGGUGAAGGUGGUGGAAGCGGAGGAGGAGGGGGUAGUGCUGGAGGUGGUGGAAGCAAAGGAGGUGGCGAAGCUGGAGGAAGUGGUGGAAGCCAAGGAGGAAGCAGUGGAGGUUACGGUGGUGGUGGAAGCGGAGGAGGAGGGGGUAGUGCUGGAGGUGGUGGUAGCGAAGGAGGAGGAGGUAGUGCUGGAGGUGGUGGUGGUGAAGGUGGUGGCAGUGCGGGAGGUGGUGGAAGCGAAGGAGGAGGGGGCAGCGCCGGAGGUGGUGGUAGCAAAGGAGGAGGAGGUUAUGGUGGUGGUGGAAGCCAAGGAGGAGGGGGUAGUGCUGGAGGUGGAGGUAGCCAAGGAGGAAGUGGUGGAAGUGCAGGAGGGGGUGAAGGUAGUGGUAGCCAAGGAGGAGGAAGUGGAGGUGGAGGUAGCCAAGGUGGUGGAAGUGGAUCAGGUGGCGGAGGUUACGGUGGUGGUGGAAGUGGUGGUAGUGAAGGAGGAGGUUCUAGCGGUGGUGGUGGUGGAGGUGGAGGCGGAGGUGGAGGUGGAGGCUACGGUGGUGGUGGCGAUAAAGGAGGAGGAAUUGGAGGUGACAAAGGAGACUAUCAUCAUGGAAAAGGAGGAAAAGGUGACAAAGAUGGAGGAGACAAAGGUGGCGGAGGAGGAUAUUGAAUUAGUAUUAGAGAAAGCUAUGUCAUGUAGAAUAAAGGAAAAGGACCUGUUGGUUGAUAUGGAACCAAAGUCUAGAGUUAGACAACUAGUACUUAGUUCUUUGUUGAACUUAAAUGUAGCUUUGGAGAUGAUACUAGAUUUCAUUCUCCAAUUUUCAUCUAAUACUUUACAUUGAUCUAUGAAUGAAAACUUGACAAUUUACGUAGAGUAUCUAA